AUUUGGAGUCUAAACAUCGAAGAAUGCCAGGCACGAGGCAGAGGCGGGGCUUGCUUUACCAAGACGGCAGGCAGACAGAAAAAGGGGAGAAAGGAGGAGAAAAAGCUUAUCUUUCCGACGCGAAGACCCGAAAUUAAACCAGCUAACAGGUUUCUGCUGAUUCUGACCAAACGGAUCACAUUCUGCCCUAUUUGAACUUCAUCGAUCACCAGGAAGCCCGUCAUUGGUCAGCCAGUUGGUUUGGAGGCUCUGAUUGGUCCACAGUGUUCAGCCGAGUCCAUGGCUGCUUCAGAACUCAUAGAAGAGGAAGAAGUUCGUAUCCCGGUGGAAGCUAACGUGACCUCGACAAACUCGCCGCCACCGACGCGUCCACAGAGGGUUGCCAACGGUAACCCCAGCCGCCACGCCUCCGUGCCCACCGUGGAGGAGGACGGCAGCAGCGAGCGCGGCGGGCUGUGCAGCCUGCGGCUGAUCCAGUCCCUGAACAGCAAACUGAAGAGACGCUGCGACUACGAGAAGAUCUGCAUGAAGGAGGAGCACGGCGACGACCUCCCCAACGAGUGGUGGAAGACGGGCGUGGCCUUCCUCUACGCCUUCUUCAACCUCGUCUUCACCACCGUCGUCAUCACCAUCGUCCACGAGAGGGUGCCGGACAAGUCCGUGAGCCCGCCGCUGCCCGACAAGUUCUUCGACUAUGUGGACCGGGUUCCCUGGGCCUUCACCGUCACCGAGACCAACGGGCUGAUCCUGGUGGGACUCUGGUUCGUCCAGUGGCUCCUCCUCAAACACAAAGCCAUCGUGGGCCGCCGAUGUUUCUUCCUGAUCGGGACUCUCUACAUGUACCGCUGCAUCACCAUGUACAUCACCACGCUGCCGGUGCCCGGGAAGCAUAUGGUCUGCGCCCCCAAGCUUUACAACGACUCUACAGGGAAAAUCUGGAGGAUCCUGCGGCUCAUUUCAGGAGGAGGUUUGUCUCUGACUGGCUCUCACCUCAUGUGUGGAGACUUCCUGUACAGCGGCCACACAGUCAUGCUGACGCUGGCCUACCUCUUCAUCAAAGAAUACUCCCCCCGCUGGAUGUGGUGGUACCACUGGGUCUGCUGGCUGCUCAGCGUCUCCGGAGUCAUCUGCAUCCUGGUGGGCCACGAGCACUACAGCGUCGACGUGAUCAUCGCCUACUACGUCUGCACCAGGGUGUUCUGGUGGUACCACACCAUGGCCAACAAUCAUGAGCUGCGUGGAACCCAGAACAACUACCUGUCCAGGGUUUGGUGGAACCCGGUCUUUAACUUCCUGGAGAGGAACGUCCAGACAAAGGUCCCCGUCGUGUUCCUGUCGCCGCGGGCCCUGCUGUCAUCCUGCAAGGAGAGGUACCACACCAUGGGCAUGGAGAGGGACGACUGAUGAGGAGAACCCACCUGGUACCGCAGCAGAACCUGGAAGUGUUGAUGUUUACCUCUGCCAAUGUGGAGUCCAUCCUUCAUGCAGCAGCUGUCGGUCGGACUGCUGGUGGGUUUGGACUGGUCCCACUGCAGAACGAAUGAAGAUCCGGAUGUUGAAGCCGAGGAGCAAUAAGACUUUUUUUUUAUUGUUGUAAAUGAUGAACUGCUGCUUUCCUGAUCAGCACUGUGAUAUUUAAAGCCUUCAGACUAAAGGAGGGAUCAUGGUGCUUCACAGCUGCAGAAAGACUCCAGCGUCCAGGGAGUCACGUUCAGCCGUUUGGCUUUUCUUUAACCACGGGAGAAAUGUUUCUACGGCAGUCUGAGCGGGACCUCCAUGCCAUGAGGAAGUAUUUACCCUUUAGCUUCUGUUGCUUGUUUUGUUUUGUGCCUUUUUAAAUGUUUCACAUCCUCACAGAAACUAAAGUAACCUGAAUAAAUGCCAACAAAGUUUUUUUUUUCCAACGA